AUGCAGGAUCAGAUUGAGGAUCCAGGAGUAGCCGCUGCCAGCAGUGCAAGCAGUGCAAACACACAGGGAUCGCAUGCUACUCCUCCCAAAGCUCAAUUACUGAAAAGAGUCCUCUCAGGAGGCUCCUCAGGUUCAGCAUCUGCUUCCACCCCUCGAGAAGCCAUGGGAACACCUACUUCCAGUCAAAUCCCCCUCUCGCCUGGAUCCGUGGGGAAUCGCACCCCCAAGGCGAAAAAGACACCUUUGAUGCCAGAGAAUGGAGGACCAGAAGUCUCCAUCCCGAAUGAUGGCAAAAUUCUGCCCCUAGUCACUGACAUGGACGGUCUUCAAGUUCAGUCACCCAUUCAAACCCAUGCUCCACUCCCCUCUGGCAAAUCACGGCCCCCGCCUUCCGUUCAUACUCGGGCCGGAUCAUCAUCGACUGAUUCCUCAUCUACUGGCAACCAUCCUUAUCCUCCUUCACACCUUGGAUCCAGCUACGGAUCUGAGGGCUUCCCUACAAUACAUAUGGACGACGUACAGAUGUCUGCGGAUACAGCCAGGCGGAUAGCAUUCACCGAUGAGGCGGUGAAAUCAAUAAACGGGACCAAUACAGUCUAUCAAGGUCACCUACCACCGGCUCCAAAUCCGUACGCUAUGCCCCGAACUUUCGCCAACUUUGUCAAGCCUCAAUCACGGCACGACAGAACAUCCGACGUCUCUCGCCAAUCCUCUACGUCCAGUACCACAACCGAAGCCUCCACCUCGAGCGAAGAGUCUGACCUUUGCGUGCCCACCCUCGAAUGGGUGACCACGAGCAAUAAAAAUCUCAUGCCUCGCAUGGUCAGUCCCGUCGUCCGCACUGCGUCUCCAGGUCAGAUGCCACCGCCCUCCAUACACAGCCGUUCUUCCCCUCGAAAAUCCUCAAACUCGUACGCUCAUGCAACACCAAAAACCAUUCCCACCACCCUCUCCGACAUCCCCAGUAGCUCUGACCAGGAUGACGAAGACGAUACUGCUACCGUUGGGCACGGUCGCGAUCGUUCCCCUUCAGCAUCUUCUCUUUCCGCCGAAAGUGGCUUGGAUCUGUUGUGGAAGGCCGCCGCAUCUCAAGGCGGUACUCCCACUGAUUCGCCUGAAAGCCGGGGCAAGCGGAAAGCAGGUGCGGCCGAGGCUGUAGCUCAAUGGAGAAACAGUGGCAUUCCUAAUGGACCCGAGGUUAAACCUGAACCUUCUUCAUCUGGACCCCCGAAAAAGCGACGACGAAGCGAGAUUGCGAUGGAGAAGAAGAUCGACCCAGCUUUGAUGGCACCCGUCGACGAACCAUUUCCCGAAACAAUAGACGACGAUUCGGACUCUGAACGCCCUGCAAGCGAGAAUGAUUCGGAAUAUGGGAACAAGGGCCGAUCGCGAGUGGGCAGAGGAGGGCGUGUGUCGACUGGUACAGCUGCCAGUACUGGAGGGGCUGGAAAAGGAGGGUCAGGUGGAAAGAAGAGUAAAAAAGUCGGGGAUUCUCCUGGUGGCGGCGGCGGAGGUGGAAAUGGGUCAGGCGCUGGAGGCGGGAGCGGCCGUAGGGGCAGCAAUGCCGGGGCCGUCGCUGGCGUUCAGUGCGAGUAUGUCAAUCCUCUACCGCCGUACAACCGCUGUAGCGAUGUUUUCACUCGUAAAUACGAUCUCCCGCGUCACAUGGCUCGACACGCUAGGCGAGAGGGCGAGUUGGUCAUGGAAGGCAAGUUGAGCGAGGACAAGGCCAUACUCUGGAAUACUAUCAAGGACAAGCCGAAAGUCACUUGUAAUCAAUGUGGAGAGAGCUUUACGAGAAUGGAUGCUCUGAAGCGCCACCAAGCAAAACAGCAUCAUCAUCAAUGA